GGCAAAUGGGAGCCCAUUUCAUCACCCAUCAAACUUUAAUUACUGUUCAAAGAGAUCUAGAAUAGUAAAAACAUAUAAGAAAUGGGAAUUGAGGGGAAGCUGGAGGCUGAGUUGGAGCUCAAGUCCACCGUGGACAAGCUCUACAAGCGUCUGAAAAGUGAGAUCCACCACGCUCCCGAUGCUUCGUCCGACAAGAUCCAUGCCAUUGAAGUGCACGAGGGCGACUGGGAAACCCCUGGCUCUGUCAAGCUCUGGACUUACACCAUCGAUGGAAAGAAGGAGACGUUCAAGGAGAAGAUCGAAGUGGAUGAUGAGACCAAGACGGUGACUUUAGUCGCUGUUGACGGUCACGUUCUUGAAAGGUACAAGAAUUAUAAACUGAUUAUACAAAUAGUACCGAAGGAGGACCACGCCGUGGCGAAGAUUGCAAUUAAUGUGGAAAAACAUAGUGUGAAUGUACCGGAUCCCCACGACUACAUGCAGUUUGCCAUGGGCAUCGUCAAAGACAUAGAUGAACACCUUGUUGCCCAGGCGCAAUAAGCUGUCGUAAUAUCUUCUCCUGUAAUAGCCAUGGAGGCCCAGGCCAUAAUAUAUGAUUCAGUUUCAUAUUGUGCUCGCUUUGAUGUUAUGCUAUGGAAUGCUAGUUUGAGUAGGCCGGUAAGUAUGCAAGGCAAAACGUGCGUAUUCGGAUGAUGUAUUAUUGAAUAAAGCUGUAAUACGUAUGUGGUCUGGGAGCACAACAAAUUGCGGGUCUAAAAUAAGAGAGGAAAUUUACGUGACAAAUUUUUGAUUUAAUUAAA